AUGACGACGGUCGAACUCACGCCGGCGCUGAUCCUGCGGGCCUAUGGCUGCGGGCUCUUCCCCAUGGCGGAGGGCAAGGCGGAGCGUGAUGUCUUCUGGGUCGAUCCCGAGACGCGCGGCGUCAUCCCGCUCGACGGCUUUCACGUGCCCCGCCGGCUCGCGCGUACGGUACGCGCCGGGCGCUUCCGGAUCACCGUGGACCGCGAUUUCCCCCGCGUCGUGCGAGGCUGCGCGCGCCGCACCGGGGCGCCGGCCCGAAUCCUGGAUCAACGGGCCCAUCUUCGAGGCCUACUGCGCGCUGCACCGGCAGGGGCACGCCCACAGCGUGGAGGCUUGGCACGACGAUACGUUGGUCGGCGGCCUCUAUGGCGUGGCACUGGGUGCCGCGUUCUUCGGCGAGAGCAUGUUCAGCGUCGAGCGGGAUGCCAGCAAGGUCGCACUCGUGCAUCUGGUCGCACGCCUGAAGGCGGGCGGCUUCACCCUGCUGGAUACCCAGUUCGUCACCCCGCACCUCAGCCGCUUCGGCGCGGUCGAGAUGCCGCGCGCCCGUUACCUUUCGCAGCUCGCCGAUGCGCUCCCGCGCCCCGCGACCUUCUAUCCGUCCGGCUUCUCCGAUGCAGCGUUUUCCGGUGCCGGCGCCGCCUCGGUACAGGCGAGCACCCAGAUGUCGUAGACUGGGUGCUCGAGCGCCGCGAGACCCGGCGUGGACGAGAACAUCCAACCCGUAUAGAGGCGCACCGCGCGCUCAUCGUGUUGUACCUCGUCGAUCUCAAGGAAGGCCACGUUCUCCGGCGGCUCUUCGGGCGGCGCCGCGUGACAGGCGCGCACAACGAUGCGGAGCGUUCCGAAACGGACCGGCCGGUCGAGCGGCGCUUCCAGCCUGGAGGUCCGUGCCACCACCUUGUCCAGCGCCUGGAGCACCGCGAGCCUGCGCUCGGCCGCGGCGGCAGCCGCGCCAUCGACCAGGGCCGCCCCGAGCGCUGCACCCGCGACCAGGAAAAGAAGACUGACCCUCACCUACUCCGCGCCGAAUGCGAACUUGCCGAUCAGCUCCUCGAGCAGGAGCGAGGAUUGGGUGUACGCGAUGCGGCCGCCGUCGGCGAUCAGAGUCUCCUCGGCGCCCGGCUGGAGGUCGAUGAACUUGCCGCCGAGCAGGCCGUCGCUGACCACUGCCGCCGUGGUAUCCAACGAAAGCUCGACCGUCUCGUCGAUGCUCAUGCGGAGCACGGCGCGGUAGGUCUCGGGCUCGAGUGUGCGCUCGAUCACGCUGCCGACCUUGAUACCGCCGAUGCGCACAUCGGACCCGUUGGCGAUGCCGUCAACACGGUUGAACGCGGCGCUCACCUCGUAGCCGCUCACCGUGGCAACGCCGCUCCGGGUAUAGGCGAAGACGACGAAGCCGAUGGCCACCGCCAGCACCACUGCACCCAGCAGGGUCUCGACAAGGCUCCUCGACAUGGCGAUUUCCUUCCCUGCUUCUACGCGGAGGAUUGCUGCCUCGCCCCGCCUUGGCAAGGCCGCCUCGAGUCGCAGUUUGACACAGUGCACACAGUCUCUGGUACCAACUCUGGAUAG